CAACUCCAGUCAGAGCCAGUCAGUCGCAAGCGCAACCAACAUUUGCACAUUACGUGUUUUAACAUCAUUUUCCCGAUAUCCCGCCAAUUCGGACACUAAAACAAUAUAUACCUGAGAUACGUGAUACUGAGAUUGAUUAUUUCAAGUGAGAAGUGAACGUUAAAAAGUGUUAAUAGUGUAUCAAUAUGUUUAUAUCGAUAUUGUGUACGUAUCGAGGGAUUUUAGAAUAUUAAUUCUUGAAUCGCAUGUGAAAUUUUAAUGUCCUCGCCAGUUUUUCUACUAUGACUCCAAACCCACAAAGUUUGAUGAGCGCACGACGGCGGACCUGGCGUCCGCCACGGUGACCUGACGAUGCCGUGACAAUGCCGCGUCGGAGGCGCCCCCUCGCGUCCCGAAUCCGGGGCUACAUCAGGCACCUGCUCGCCUUUCUAUUCAGCAACGUAGGAAUCGUUGUGCUGGUGGUCGCGUAUACUAUUGCUGGAGCGUUUAUGUUUCAAGCUAUAGAAGGUGCGAGCGAGAUGGAGCGAGUGAAUCUCAUGGCGCGAGAAAGAAACAACACGGCCCAGUAUCUCUGGCAAAAUGUCACCUUGGCGCUCAACCUCUUCAAUGAAACUGCAUUAAAAGACAAAAUUAGUAUCGAACUGCACCACUAUCAGAAAAAAAUAGUGGUGGCGGUCCGUCGCGGGUGGGACGGUGGCAGGUCAUCCAGGCAGUGGAGUUUCUCAUCCGCUUUCCUGUACUCACUCACUGUCAUCACUACUAUAGGUUAUGGACAUUUAUCACCGAGGACAAACUGGGGGAAAGUUACAACAAUUCUGUAUACGUUACUGGGAAUGCCGUUAUUUCUGUUGUAUUUGAGUAACGUUGGUGAACUACUGGCGCGUUGGUUCAAAUGCCUGUACGCGCUGGUGUGCCUAUGCCGAGGAUGUCCAGGGUUCACCAGGCGACGGGUGGCGAGGUUCCGUACUCAGGUGGAAAGCAGUGAGGCCGAAAGUAUAGAACGUCCCGCGGGGUGGAGGUCGGGCUACUCGGAUUCGGACGCCACCCCCGAAUACAGGCUGCCCCACGGAGUCCCACCUUACAUGUUCAGAAGACCAAAAUACAUGCGGACUAUUUCCAUGCCGCAGCCGUGGGGGCCACCACGUUAUCUGGACCGUAUGGACCCAAGAUUGAGGGGCUGGUCGGAACCCUGGAUGCGGAACAUCACUCCAGAGACCAGCGAGUUUAGUUACGUGACUUUCGACGCCCAAACCAUUACAGUGCCGCUGAGUGUCUGCAUAUUUAUUCUAGUCGGUUACAUAAUGUUUGGCUCAAUGAUAUUCGGUAUGUGGGAGCAGUGGGACCAGCUGGACGGCGCUUACUUCUGCUUCAUAUCGCUCAGUAGUAUCGGGUUCGGGGAUUUCGUCCCGGGGGAGAGAGUCUACACCCCCCGAAUAGAGACAUCAUUCAUCGUAUGCUCCAUGUAUCUGAUGCUUGGGAUGGCACUGGCUGCUAUGUGCUUCAAUCUCAUGCAGGAACAAGUGAUACAUUACGUGGCGGGCCUGAAGAGGGCCGCGGUGAGGAUAUGUCGUUGUAAAAGAUGACAUAAGUGUAUGUACAUAGUGUAUAUAGUUGAAAUACGUAUACGAACGUUUAUAUAUGUAUAAUAAAGAUCUA